UGUCAUUCGGGUAGCCGUCCUCGACUGAACACGCUCAGAAACAGUGUAUAAAGCUGACUACCAAUUCACGAUCCAUCAGUGCUAAAUCGACUGCCGAUUGACAGACAGCGAUACUUUUUACGUUGGUUGACAGAUUUACAGUAACAUAUUUACUUGGAUUUUACCGUAUUUUUACACGAUGAAGUUGGAGUUUUAUACCCUUAGUGCUAUUUUCGUCUGUGCCGUGGAAUAUGUGUAUGGUAAAAAUGUACAACCGUGUGAAGAUGGAAUGUACUACGAAAAACGGUCCGAGGACUGCCGCACGUGCUCCGUGUGUCCAAUCAACACAAUCAUACUGACCCCAUGUGGCUAUUUCGAUGACACAAAGUGUGGCCCAUUUUCAGAUUUUUUCCAAUUUCAACAGAAACCCGGAAAAUCCUCCAUCAACAGGGCCUUUGUACAGAUUACCAAAGACACCAGCCUGUCGUCUGCUUCAAGAGCGGAGGUUACAAUCUCCCCACGUGCAAGUGACAGCGGCACUUUUUUUGAGAUAAGUGAUGAAUGGUACCUCAUCUCCAUGGUUUUACUGGGAAUCCUCUGUUUCGUCUCGCUUGUCAUCGCUCUCUACAUCAUCUUCGCCUGUUUUGUCUGUAAAAAGGCAUCUGACAAGGAAGUCAUUUAUGAACCAGAGUACAUCACAGUAUCUCAACAAGCCUCACCCGGAAGCAACAAAUACCGAGACAUUUUGGUAACGGCGACUCCAGAUGUUCUGAUGGGAUGCCAGACGUCCUUGACCCCAGUUUACGAGGACGACGAACCGAUUGCAAUGGGCCGCCCAAACAUCUAUAUCAACCACCAGUACAUCGAACCGAAGGAUGCUCUGUUUGGCCAGAAGAAAUAAACUUUUGACAUUUUACAACAAACUAGUGCUAAAAGCAUUCUGUGAUAUCAAUAUGAAUCUGUCUCUGAUGACGUCAUGGCCUUCCAAAUAUGGUUGACCGAUCCUUGCA